AUGCUAUUCUUUUCCUUUUUCAAGACUUUGGUGGACCAAGAAGUUGUUGUACAAUUAAAAAAUGAUAUAGAAUUAAAAGGGACACUACAAUCUGUGGACCAAUUUUUAAAUUUGAAACUUGAUAACAUCUCAUGCACGGAUGAAACCAAAUAUCCACAUUUAGGUUCAGUAAGGAAUAUAUUCAUCAGAGGGUCCACUGUGAGGUAUGUGUAUUUAAAUAAGAACAUCGUGGAUACCAACUUAUUACAAGAUGCAACCAGAAGAGAAGCUAUGAGUGAAAAGAAAUAA